AGUUGUUUGUUGGCACAAAGGUUAUCAUCAAUAACAAAGAACAGUACACGACGUACAACAAAUAACACCAGCAACAAAAGCUUUCUGCAAGAACUGCAACUGCAACCCAAAAGCAAUCGUCGAACAACGCCUAAAACUAGUGACUUUUUUUGUGAGAGCGACAGAGAGAAGAGAGAACGUUGUCGCGUUUUAAAUAAACAUUUGCACAACAGCAGCAACAAUAACAACAACUGAACCACCUCGUCGCCCGCCUACGAUUCUAACUACCUGCGCCUGUUUUUAAAAUAUACCCGCAACACACACACACACACUCACUCACGCAUACACUGUCUCUCACAGACACAAACGCACUCACACGCACACAUACACGUACAUAUAUAAAGCGUCGCCCACAAAAUGCGUGAAUACAAAAUCGUUGUAUUGGGCAGCGGCGGCGUCGGCAAAUCGGCGCUAACUGUGCAAUUUGUGCAAUGCAUUUUCGUGGAGAAAUACGAUCCAACCAUCGAGGACAGCUAUCGCAAACAGGUGGAAGUGGACGGUCAGCAGUGUAUGCUUGAAAUUUUGGAUACCGCCGGCACGGAACAGUUUACAGCGAUGCGAGAUCUCUAUAUGAAGAAUGGACAGGGAUUUGUUCUCGUUUAUUCAAUAACGGCGCAAUCAACAUUCAAUGAUCUGCAGGAUCUGCGAGAGCAAAUAUUGCGCGUUAAGGAUACGGAUGAUGUGCCCAUGGUGCUGGUCGGCAACAAAUGCGAUCUCGAGGAGGAGCGCGUCGUUGGCAAGGAUUUGGGCAAGAGUUUGGCCAAUCAAUUCAAUUGCGCCUUCAUGGAGACCUCAGCCAAAGCCAAAGUGAAUGUUAAUGAUAUUUUCUACGAUUUGGUCCGGCAGAUCAAUAAGAAGUCACCCGAAAAGAAACAAAAGAAACCGAAAAAGUCCCUAUGUGUUCUGCUAUAAGACUUCCAAAUAAUACAAAAAAAAACAUUAAUAAAAAAGAAAAGAAUAGAAAACAAAAGAUGAGUAAAAAAAAAAGAAAAACAA